UCUGUUGUUUAUCGACAACCUUACAGAAGUGUCUAUAAAUAUUUAUCCAGAUGUUAGCCAGAAUAAUCUGUGUGAGAUAGAGAUUGGCUUCGGAUGAGUAGUAGUGAAUAAACCACAGGCCUAAUAAAGAUGGAAAAUACAAAACGUCAUGAAAGAUAUUGACACUGUGGGGGGUGAAAAAGAAGAAAAUUGUGAAGAAAAUGAAGAGCAGGCUCAAAUGAGGCGUAGUUUUUCGGUGGAAGACCUGCUUGAUGAGGUGGAGAAGAUCUGUUACGAUGCCUCAGGGACGUCUAAGGUGGAGAUGGUGGUGAGACUGUGGAAAGAUGGCUUCACCGUAAAUGAUGAGGAGUUUCGUAGUUACUCCGUACCAGAAAACCAAGACUUCCUAGAUGCCAUCAAAAGAGGAGAGCUUCCGGCAGAGUGGGAAAGCAGAGCAGAAGAGGAGGAGCUGGAGAUCAGUGUGGAGGAUCUGACUGAGGAAACAUAUGUACCCAAGAAAAAGGCGUUUCACCCUUUCAGCGGCCGAGGAUACCGACUCGGCAGUGUUGCACCCAGAGUUGUGGCCAGGUCACCAUCUGUGCACGAGGAUGGAGAAUCUCCUCCUAUUCCCAUGGUAACACUAGACCACGCCCUUCCUGUUACCUCCCUGCAGAUCUGGUUGGCUGAUGGAAGGAGACUGGUCCAGAGGUUUAACCUAUCGCAUCGGAUCUAUGAUGUUCAAGAUUUCGUCGCACGCUGCCAGAGGAGUUGCCCUCCUUUUGUCCUGACCACAUCACUUCCUUUCCGAGAGCUGAGCGAUAAAGAAUUAAGCCUUGAGGAGGCGGAUUUGGCAAACGCUGUGAUUAUCCAGAGACCCCUGAACACACAGGCUCCUUUCGGACACUCCUGACCAAUAGGGCCCAUAAUUCACACACCACUUCGCCCUGCACUGACACCCCACCAUCCCUCUGAUUGGACUCUCAAGGCUUAAAGCACAUCACUUCUCUUUUCUCAGCAGUUGGAUGAUUGUUGUUUCCCCCCUGCGGUGUAGAAACCUCUGUGUGGGAUUAUCUUCAGACUAAUGAAGAUAUGGUUAGCUAAUUACAAACAUCUCCACCGUUACAGCUGCUGCUGUGCAUUGUUGUCGAUGCUUAAUUUGUUUUUCUUCCUCUGGAGGACACUGUUUACCUGCCAACGAGUCCCUCCAAACCCCUAAACUGCAGAAAAAAACUGUCAAGGCAAACCAGUGCUGUCACCCUUGCAGAUGGUCACCCAUGUGUGUCCAUCUGUUCGUCUGCUAACAUGUAACCAUCACACCCUCCUACUCUCGCACACAAGCACACCAGCACCAUCCCCUAACUCUUCCAAGUCUUCCCAAACUGUGUUCUUAUGAUAUUUCUGCACUAUUGAAAAUAUGGGGCUGAUAUUUCACACUUGUAUUUCUAGAUGUAUGUUUACAUUUGUAUUUAAUAUCGAACACCUUCUUUUGUUUACACACCUUUCAGAUAAAAAAGAGAAGACAUGAUAUUUUAUUUAUGACCUGACUUUACAGGACUGUCAGUUCUUUUGCCAUUGUUUGCCUUUUUUGUGAACAUUUGCCUUCAUUUUGGGUGGAGAUUUAAUUCAGAAUGUACAAUGUGUUGUCUUAUAUUUGACAUAUCACAGAUUAAGGGACAAUAAAAAUCCUCCUCAGA